AUGAUAAUAAAAGUAGAAGCAGAAGUCGCAGUAAGUCUAGCAAAAGGAACAAUUAACAUAACCAACCCUAAAAUUAGAAAUCUCAAAAAGAAGGAAAUUGUUACUAAAAUGAUAAUAAAGAAUAUAUAUCUCACAAUUCUAGUCCAAUUAGAUUAUAAGAAGAACAUCAUAUUAGCGAUGAACAUACUAAAAAGCAAAGAAGAAUAUAAGAUCUUAGAUUAGAAUUAAAAGAUCAAUCUAGCGCCUAAUAAUUAAUUUUAAAUACAGUGUGAAAAUUUAGAUUUGGGCAAUAGACAUUAUACAACGAUUCCUCUACCUUAGAAGGAUCUUAAUAGUAACAUAAAGGAGUCCCUUGAUAAAUAGGUAUAUGAAAUGAUCACGAUAAAUGACAGUAGCCAAGAAGACAACCGAGAUGCUGGCAGUAUUGGAGAUAAGACAGGGCAUCAUCAUGAUAUCGAUUAAGUUGAGAAUUCUAAAAUGGAUUCAACAAGAAAUGGCCAACUAGGAUAAAAAAUACCAAAAAUUUAGAAAACAAAAAUAAAAAGAGAAUCGUAAUAACAAACUAAAUAAACAAAAUAAUCUUUUGAUUGUAUAGAUUUAACUAAGGAUGAUACUAUCUUAUCCUUUUUUGGACUUAAUCAUCCAAUGUUAUAAAGUUCUUUGGAAUACAAUAAAAAUGAAUUAUUCGAAUUAGUGGAGCCUUAUGAAUAUUAAUGUGGAAAUUUCAUGAUUAGUUUAGGAAUACAAGGCCAUUAUACUGCUAUUGUCACUCUGCCUAGUCUAUCCUAAAAGAAGGCUGUUUAUUAUUUAUUUAUGAAGUUCCAAUUUGAUCAAAAAAACGUUUAUUGCAUGAUCCCUGAAGAUGACUAAACAAUAUUACUGGUUAAUUCUAAUAUUUAAACACUUUAUUAUUACUGUAACUCAAAUACUCAAUAAAAGGGAAACCAUAAAACAACCUUCUAAGAAAGCAUCCUGAAAUACAAAUUUCCAUAUAUCUUUCCAACUCUAAUCCGAAAAUUUGUAGUUUCUUAUUAAAAAAAUGAUUAAUAGAUUCGAUAUCAAAUCAAUUAUGAUUCGCAUGCUAUUCAACUGGCAAUUGAAGAUUAUUAUUAGGAUAUUCCUGGGCAUUUAAUAACAGGUACUAGUCAUCCUAUAUUGAAAAUUCUUUUUAUUAAAACGCAAAAUAAUUAGAUUCCUUAAUUUUACUACAAGUUUUUAAGUGUUCCACUCUAUGAAGGACAAUUCAGUUUGAAGGCUUCACUUCUACAAAAUUCCAAUUUAAUUGUUGUAGAGAGAAGGUUCUUAAGUCCCUUCUGUUAUGGCAUCCAUUCAAUCAAAAUCGAAGUCAAUCGAAUUACAAAUGUUAUUAUAAUGAAAUAAUCUGGAAAAGAUUAAGAAAUUCAAUCAAAAAAUAUUCAAUAAUUUUGGGAUGAAGUCCAUUAAAAAUAUCUUUAAUUAUAUCCUUCGAAAUUGUUAUAUAAUUACUUUGUAGAACUCAUAAACUAGGAUAGAAAAGUGUUAGAAAAGUAUAAGAAAUGGAAUCAAUUAAAUGAGUACUUGAGUAAAUCUCAGUAAUUCAAACCUAAUAAGUAGAAUGAGAAGCCCAUUAUCCUCAAUAAUAAGGAAUUCUUUUGUUUUUCUAUAGAGGACAUAAAAAAUGGAAACAGAAUUAAAUAUUAAUGAUAAAUAUGAAUAAAUUAUAGUUUGUCUUUAAAUUUUCAAAA